AUGGCGGCAGCAGCGACGGCGGCGCCGCCGCCGGCGGUCGCCACCGCGCUCUCCGCGCUCCUCCGCCGCGGCGCGAGCCGAAGCCAUUCCCUCCGGGUCUCCUCUCGCCCCAGGUGCGUCUCCUCGGACGCGGUCGCGGAGGCUGAGCCUGCGCCGGCGCGGAGGGGAGGCCACGCCGGGACCCGCCUGGAGGAGGCCGUGCCGGCCGCGGAGGGGCGGUCGCGGGUCGACGCGUGGAUCUCCGCGCGGCUGGGCGGCGGGGGCGUUAGCCGCGCCCGCGUGCAGGCCAGCAUCCGCGCCGGCCUCGUCGCCGUCAACGGCCGCCCCGUCUCCAAGGUUUCGCAGACGGUGAAGGGAGGGGACAAGGUCAGCUGCACCGUGUCGGAGCUGCAGCCGCUGAGGGCAGAGGCGGAGGACAUCCCGCUGGACAUUGUUUACGAGGAUGAACAUCUUCUCGUUGUGAACAAACCGGCUCAUAUGGUUGUUCACCCAGCACCAGGGAAUGCAAAUGGCACCUUAGUCAAUGCUAUACUUCACCACUGCAAGAUUUCAACUUUUACCUGUUUAGCACGCAGUCCAAUUUAUGAUGAGUGCCCUGAAUCUUCAGAUGAUGAUGUUGACGUAUUUGAUGUUGACCAAUUUACUAUUGGUGAAGUAAGUUCAGAGGUCCGCGAAGCUAUUGUGCGCCCUGGUAUUGUGCAUAGGCUUGAUAAGGGGACAAGCGGACUUCUUGUUGUAGCUAAGGAUGAGCAUUCACAUGCUCAAUUAGCAGAGCAAUUCAAGUUGCAUACAAUAAGUAGGGUAUACAUCAGUCUUACUUGUGGUGUACCUAGCCCAAAUUCUGCCAGAAUUGAAGUUCCUAUAUCUCGUGAUCCUAACAACCGGAUACGUAUGGUUGCUGCUCCUGGAUCAGGCCACAGAUAUGCGAAGCAUGCUGCUAGUAGGUAUAAAGUAAGAGAGGUCUUUUGUGCUGGUGGGUCUGCACUGGUAGAGUGGAGAUUGGAGACAGGGCGCACUCACCAGAUCCGGGCACAUGCGAAAUAUCUAGGGAACCCCCUACUUGGUGAUGAAACAUAUGGAGGUACCAAAAGCAUGGCAUUGUCACUUUUGAGACCCAGAACUCCUUCAAAAUAUCACGGUGAUCUUACAAAUCUGGUAUCAAAGAUAGACAGGCCAUGUCUCCAUGCUGCAUUGCUCGGAUUCAAGCAUCCCCACUCUGGAAAGGUACUUGAGUUCUCAUGUCCCCCUCCAGAUGAUUUUACUGAGGUACUUGAUGAGUUGCGUCGUGUUACACCGACAAGUGAAGGCCAAGAUAGCGACAGUGCUGCUCAAGUGUGA